AAAAAAGAAAUAAAAAAGGUUAAAAAUAAAAGUGUCGCUAAAUAAUUCAUUUCAGAUAUUUUGUCUUCACCGGAUCUCGAGAUCAGCCAACGAUGGCCGCCGACGGAAUAUUCCGCAGCAUCUUCGAAGGCUGUAUCUCAGGUCUCGAUUCCGCCAUCGAGAGGCGUCCUUACCACAAAAACUGCGACUGCGCGCUUCACGACGGAGCUGGGAAAAGUCAAAAUCAGCGGCGGAAGUCUUGCCGCCGCCACGGAAGCUCAGAGAGCAUAUCGUUCCCGAUCCGGCGGUCUUGGAGCGAAGGCAACAUACUGGCGAUGAAUUUCCCGUCCUCGUCAUCAUCUUCUUCGAAUCUGCAGUCUCUUUCUUCGUCUUCUUCUCUCACGACUUUGGCAUCGCAGGCCGAUUUGCCUGUGGAAACUGCUACGUUGGAGGAUUCCGGCAGAUCGCGUCCUCAUCAGCUGGGAUGGACGAUUGCCGAAUUGUGAAGAUUUUUGAUGAUGACGGUUAUUUCCACAUUUAAAGGUUGUUUUGAUUUAAGUUUCCGUGAGCCUUGCUGUUUUCCUUUUUUGUAUGAUGAUGACGAGUAUUAUUUCCACAUUUUGCAUUUUUUUUUUUAUCUAGUUGCAUUCUUUUUGCAAUAUAUGCCGAAAUUCCUUAUUUUAAUCUUUAAUCAAGAAAAAUCUUCACUCCA